GAAGAAAGAAAGACAUGAACAUCUUGGCUGACAUGGGGAUGAGUAAAUUAUCAGGAAAUUUUAUUUGAAAGUGAACUAAUCCUUUAAGUUACAGACCGUUUGAAAAUCAUAGAUGGACACCUGCAAAGAACUGUAAAAAGGCGUUGCCAGAAAUGUUUUAAGAAAUGUAAAUAUGUUUAACGGUCGAACACAAUCCAUAAAUUCAUAUCUAUAAAAUAAAGUAUAUUUCUAUGUAUAAUACAUCUACUGUUGUUGUUACUGUGCUUGGACCUGUGUGUGGCAUUAUUUAACAAACCAUCUGGAGUGAAACUGAUGACAGCAGGUGAUUGUUGCUAGAAACAAAAUGGCGUUCUGUUUCAGUCCACCAGGUGGCGCAUUCACUGUGUUUUCUAUCUGAAAGCGGUGCCUCCCUGGCAGAGCUUCACAUCAGAGAUGCAUCAGGAGCUCAUGAACGGCACUCAAGGACUUUCACUUUAUCGAGAUGCUGGAUGAUCUUUCCUUGACGUGUAUUUUUCAUUUUCCACGGAACGCUUGGAAAUAUCUCUAAGGUUCAAGGGCUUGAACUAGUUUGUUUUGUUUGGCUGAACACCUGUUUGACCAAGUAGGCUAUUUCCACAUUUUUUCCCUCACAAUUCUGCUGUUACAAUACUACUCCUGUGAUUAAAAAAAUGGAAACUACAGAUGUUAAUCUAAACGAGAGACCAGCGAGUGGAACGAAGCUUGAUGUUUAUUCUACAACUAUGCCUUAAAAAUACUGGAUUUAUCAGGUUUUGAUAUAUUUUAGAGGGAUAUACUUACUGGAAAACGCAAUGGAAAUGCAAUUUUUAACUGUAUUUUGUUUGCUCACUUGUUGUGAACUCUCAGUAGUUCUCACGAGUAGCAAUAAAACGACGUCAAAAAUACUUCCAUCCUAUAAAGCGCUUGAAAUCAGCCAGGAACGACGUGUAACGUUAAAUAAAAUCGGUUAUGAAACAGGUAACGUUAAGGAACCUACAGAUGUGAUUUCAACGGCUAGUACGAUACAGUUAAUGUCGGUGAAUGGGAGCGAUGACUCAACAGUGAGCGCAUCUUUCAGACAGAAGUACGAAAAAACGUCUAAAAUGGACAAAUAUAUCAAAACAAAAUCAUUUCUGAGGGAAAUAAGCAGCGGGUUUAGCGUAAACCGUCGUUAUCAUCGACGAGAAAGAGCGACGGCCGGAAACGAACCCGACAGGAAUCGAGAAUCUCCUGAGAAUGAAGUUGAGCGCGUGGAGUCAUUGCCGAAGCCUGCAGCACAGAUCCAGCCUACAGACUUUCCCGCUGAUUUCACGUCUGUUCCUGAAUGGGGCACCUCACCUGUGGAAGACGAGGAAGUCUUCACUCCGUUCAUUCCCUUUAAUACACGAUCAAAAACCCCAGGGGUGAAGAACCCGUUUUAUCCUGUGACAGGUGAAUCGUAUGGUGCAUAUGCUGUCAUGUGCAUCUCCAUCCUCAUUUUCACUGUGGGGAUUGUUGGGAAUAUUGCAAUCAUGUGCAUAGUGUGCCACAAUUACUACAUGAGAAGCAUUUCAAACUCCUUGCUGGCCAACCUCGCCCUGUGGGAUUUUGUCAUCCUCUUUUUCUGCUUGCCACUUGUUAUUUUCCAUGAACUCACUAAGGAUUGGCUCCUUGGGGAAUUCUCCUGUAAAAUCAUUCCAUACAUUGAGGUGGCGUCUUUAGGAGUAACUACCUUCACCCUUUGUGCUUUGUGCAUUGACCGUUUCCGUGCCGCGAGCAACGUUCAGAUGUACUACGAGAUGAUCGAGAACUGUACCUCCACUGCAGCCAAGCUAACAGUGAUUUGGAUCGGUGCUCUUCUCCUCGCCCUGCCCGAGCUUCUAAUCCGGCAGCUGGUGAAAGAGGAGCGUGAGCCUCCGGAGGUGACGCCUUGUGAACAUUGCGUGGUCCGAAUCUCCACGGCUCUCCCGGACACGCUUUACGUUCUCGGACUCACCUACAACAGUGCUCGUCUCUGGUGGUACUUCGGCUGCUACUUCUGCCUUCCCACUCUCUUCACCAUCAUCAGCUCAGUGGUGACCGCACGCAAAAUCCGCCAAGCCGAGCGCGCCAGCGUCCGAGGCAACCGCAAACAGAUCCAGUUGGAGAGCCAAAUGAACUGCAUUGUUGUUGCUCUGGCUAUUCUAUAUGGAUUUUGUGUCAUUCCAGAGAACAUCAGCAACAUCGUUUCGGUGUACAUGGCUACAGGUGUGCCACGUCGCACGCUGGAUAUUCUGCAUCUGGUGAGUCAGAUGAUGCUGUUCUGCAAGUCUGCGGUUACACCUGUGCUGCUUCUGGUUCUCUGCCGGCCCUUCAGCAAAGCCUUUCUGGACUGCUGCUGCUGCUGCUUUGAGGAGUGCGGCCCACCAAAGUCCUCCGAGCCCAACAGUGAUGACAACGAUCAGGACGGCACCACCGAGCUGGAGCUUUCACCCUAUAGCACUGUAGUCCGCAGGGAUCCCUCUACCUUCCCAAUAGCAGGAACGCACUGCUAAGGUUGUACCUUACCUAAGGGGUACACAUUACCAAGGGCUUAAACAUACAGAAUAAACCAGUCCAGAGUGUUGUUUUCACAGGCUGCACAGUUUUGUGUGGUUUCUGAUUUUACUCUGCUUUGUUUUGGGAGAGAUGCCCACAAACUGGAUAUUUCAACCUAGGGACAUAGGGACAAAGAGCCACAUGUUUAUUACAGAACACAUUGUCUUAGGGCCCUGUUUACACCUGGUAUUAAGAUGCGUUUUGGUCUAUCGGAUCACAAGUGGAUGAUGCUAAAUACAGGUGGAAAUGGAGUCUAAAACACUUUGAGCUUGUCCACUUGUGACCACUUCCAGAGGUAACUGAAAUCGUAUUAGAACGGAUUCCUUUCAUAGUGUAGACGCUUAUGUGUACGAAUGUAUUCAAACAGCCACAAAAGACUGCCUACUGACCCAACGCAUAACAUUAUAGGAAGCAUGCAAGCCAGACCGGAUUUAAACUUUGUCAGCUGAAGACCCAAGUUUGGUUUGAAGAUUAAAAAAAAAAAUGUACCAAGCACAGUGUUCUCUCACCAGUCCUGAUUUCUAACAUGCACUCACCGCACUCGGCGUGGUCUUGUGGCUGUCAGAGCAGAAACAAACGAAAAGAAACACAUUCACAUAUAAAUUGCGUGAGCUUAUUUCGUCCAUUAGACCAAAAAAUCAGAAAAAGCCCAUACAUUUACCCACCCAUAGACCCUCCCCUUGAAGAAAUCAGGACAGAAGUGGUUGAAAGUUGACAAAAGAGAUGGAUUAAAACACCAGGGGUGCUUCUCAAUUCUUAUUUGUGCAUCCACGUUUCCUCUCCUCGCGUCUUAGCUCCACCCUUUCAGGAUGCGAGGGAAGGACACAAAGAAAAGACGCGAGGACGUAGGAAUUGAAUCAAGUGAAAUGAUAUAUCCUCGCUCCCUUUAGCGUCACUUCAAAGCGUCAUUAGCUGCACGCGAGGGACCUACCCAUAUGUUGUUAAAGUUGAUUAUUUAAAAAAAUAUAUAAUGUUAAUAAAGCAAGAUACUCCGUUCAAAUAUGUAAGAUGUAAACUUUAUUUAAACUGCAUACAUUAAAGCAUACAUUUAAAUUAUUGCGACAGAUAUGAAGGGGGAGGAGAAUUUAUGCGUGCGUCAGGUUUCUCGACGAGAAAGACUUCCGCAAAGGAUGCACCUGUGUAUCCUCGCUCAUGACUCCUCAGGAAGCUUCCUCACUCCUCGAUCCUCGCCUCCUCAUGGUGCAAUUAGAGAAUUGAGAUGUCCUUCAAGAUGGCUGAGCUCGAUCGGUUUCCGGGUCAUAGGAUGGAGGACGGAGGAGCGAGGAAAUGAGGAGGGAUAUUGAGAAGCAUCCCAGGUGUAAACAAGUAUGUCUCUGCCUCGUCUACUUGUGAUCCGAUCGACCAAUACGCAUCUUAAUACCAGGUGUAAUUGAUGUUUACAAAAGAAGACAUAUAUACCUUGUGUAGUUUCUUGGAAGUUUAUAGGAAGUCUAGAAGGAUUAUGAAUUAACUCACAUGCAUUUGUUAUAUUUGCACAAUUUUCUUAUCCCAAUAUCUUUUUUUUCCAUUUUAAUUUGGUGUAUUUGUAUUUUUGAUCAAAAUGUCUCUGAGACUUAUGGAAGAUAAUAUAUAGAAAAUGGCUGUUUGUAGUAUGUUUUGGUGUUGUGGAAAUUGGCGAUUCUUGUGAAUCGAUUUAACGUUAAGCCUAGCUCCCUUGCUAUGUAAGUAUUAAAUUCACUCUGUAUUUGCUAGCAGAACUUGUGAUGCUCUUCAGCCUCUGGAAAGCACUGAAGAAGCUGUUGUUUUAGCCAAGACAUGUCACUUUUUAAUAGUAAUAAAAAAAAAAAAAAACAUAAA